AUGGCGGCGGCGGCAGCAGCGGCAGGAGCGCGGCACGGCACCCUCGACCUCCUGCUCAGCGCCACAGUUGAUUGUAAUGCCAUUUUUAAAGGUCUACAGUCCAUCUUCCAAGAGCAGGAAAUGACAGAGACUAUUCAUAACUGGGGAGAUCUUGGUUAUUUAGCAACGUAUGUCAAUAAAAAUGGCAGUUUUGCCAAUCUGAGAAUAUAUCCUCACGGGUUGGUGUUGGUUGAUGUUCAGAGUUACAAUGACAUGAAAAGAGAAGAAGAAACAGAGCAGCUUUUAAACAAGGUUGAAGAAAGAAUGAAAGAAUUGUUUAGCAAGGACAUCAAAAGGGUGAAACGAUUGCCAGCCAUUGUGAGAGGAGAUGCCAUUGAUAAAUACUGGCCCACAGCAGAUGGACGAUUAGUGGAAUAUGACAUUGAUGAAGUUAUUUAUGAUGAAGACUCUGCUUACCAGAAUAUAAAAAUUUUACAUUCAAAACAAUUUGGAAAUAUUCUCAUCCUCAGUGGGGAUGUUAAUCUUGCUGAGAGUGACCUGGCAUAUACACAAGCUAUAAUGGGCAGUGGAAAGGAAGACUACACUGACAAAGAAGUGCUCAUUCUUGGAGGUGGUGAUGGUGGAAUAUUGUAUGAAAUAGUCAAACUGAAACCAAAGAUGGUCACCAUGGUAGAGAUUGAUCAAAUGGUGAUCGACGGGUGUCGAAAAUAUAUGCGCAAAACAUGUGGAGAUGUCUUGGACAAUCUGAAUGGAGAUUGCUAUCAGGUUCUAAUAGAAGACUGUAUUCCAGUACUGAAGAGGUAUGCCAAAGAAGAAAGGAUGUUUGAUUAUGUAAUUAAUGAUUUGACCGCCAUUCCAAUCUCUACUUCUCCUGAAGAAGAUUCCACUUGGGAGUUUCUGCGGAUGAUUCUGGACCUUUCAAUGAAAGUCUUGAAACCUGAUGGGAAAUAUUUCACACAGGGAAAUUGUGUCAAUCUGACUGAAGCCUUGAAUCUCUAUGAAGAACAGCUUGGCCGGUUGUAUUGUCCUGUGGAGUUCUCAAAAGAAGUUGUGUGUGUUCCUUCCUAUAUGGAACUAUGGGUAUUUUAUACUGUUCAGAAGAAGACUGAUGUUUGAAGCUCGAGGUCCCCCUGCCACACAUGCUGCAUGGAGCAUGUAGGCUUGCCACGUGCU